AUGGCGAUGAAACCACAUGGGAAGUCGAUUGUCUCCUCCGAUUAUGACGAAAAAGUCGUGUUCUUCAAAGAUCUCUCGCUGGGUCACCAAGAAUCUCAGUUGCGGUUUCGGCUCAUCCAUUUAUGGGAGGCUUGGAACCCACUGAAGAAGACGCUCAUCGGCAUGGAGAUGCUACUCAUCGACGAAAAGGGAACUCUUAUUCAAGGAUUCGUUUCCCCGGGGCGUAUCAAAAAAUAUCUACCCGAUAUGAAGCGAGGAUUUGUUUACAAACUCAACAACUUCUAUGGAUCCAGAAACAAAGUUGUGUUUCGUGUUGCUGAUCAUACUGUUACAGUGUCGUUCUCAUGGAACUCGGAACUGUCGGUUCUUCGAGACUGUCACAUCCCUUUCGAUGAAGAUAGUUUCCGGUUCCAUUCGUAUGAGGAGUUUCAAGCUAAUUGUGAUCUCAAAGGAGACCUCUACGAUGUUGUUGGCCACAUGAAGUUGGUUAAUGGUCAAAGUAUUGUUGAGGCCCCAGUUCUUGACGAAGUGGAGAUAGCAAAGGCGAGGCGUGUUCUGAUUCAUAUCCAAUCGCAUGAUGGACCGGUCAUGAAGCUAUACCUUUGGGAUCAGGCUGCAAGAGACUUCUGCAAGAAGUUUAAGUCGUACGAGCGCACACCCACUGUGUUACUGGUCACGGCCGUUAACACAAAGACUCUCGGAGGUUCUUCUUUUUGUCUUCAAUAUUGGUUGGGGGCUAACCCCGGUAUUGCUGAGCAGGUUAAUGCAGAGAUAGUAACCAAACGUGAGACAAUGACUAUAGGGGAAAUAUUCUCCUACAUCAAGCAGGAAACCGCAAAGGAUGCCUUUUUUGAGUGCACGGCUACGAUCGAUGAUGUCGUGCAUGGUUCUUCUUGGUACUACAUUGCAUGCAGUGGGUGCCGUAGUAAUGUUAGCAAAGGCCCAACUUCGUUGAUUUGUACAAACAACAAGUGUGAGAAGGUUAACGUAUCUGGUGUGGCACAGUACCUUUCAAAGAUAUCCGUGUAUGACAACAGUGACCAAGCUGUUUUUGUGCUACUUGGGGAUGCUGGUCGUGAGCUGACUGGGAAGCCCGCAUCAGAGUUAGUUAGAAGCUAUUUUGAGGCUAAUGGGAACGAAGGAGUUAACCAUGAGGCGCCUCUUCCUGAAGCUCUAAUCAGCACCAUUGGUCAGAAGCAUAAAUUUUGUGUCAAAGUGACAGAGCAUAACUUCUCAGGCAAGACACGAUCUCUUACCGUGACCAAGAUUCUUCCUCUAGACACUCCACCAGCGACAGAGUCUUCGGAAGGUAACGAGACUACUGCAUCGGAGGAAACGUUCAUAAACCAUGUGGGUUCUGCAGAGGGGAGUAAGAGAAGUUGUGACGGUACUGAUCUAGAAGAAGCUAAACGCCUUAAGCGUGUGGACUAG